AUGGCUCUACCAAUGGCGAGAAACUCGUCUAAUGGCAUUUAUCUGGAAUGUGUCCAUGCGGCAGGAGCGCGGCCUGAGCAGGCCCAGCCACUCCAAGACUUGCACACAGACCUAUCACAGUACCUCGAGAAACAUGGUGGAGGUCUGCACCCUCGUAAUGUAAAGCUGUUCCUUUUUCAACUGCUACGAGGUCUAUCCUAUUGUCACCGUAGACGAAUUCUUCACAGGGACAUUAAACCACAAAAUCUUCUUAUAUCAGAAAUUGGUGAACUUAAAAUAGCAGAUUUUGGCCUUGCACGAGCCAAAUCUGUACCAUCCCACACAUACUCACAUGAAGUGGUAACGUUAUGGUAUCGACCGCCGGAUGUUCUUUUGGGUUCUACCGACUAUUCUACUUCACUGGACAUGUGGGGCGUUGGCUGCAUUUACACAGAAAUGAUCACCGGAGUACCUGCCUUUCCAGGGCACACAGACCUAUCACAGUACCUCGAGAAACAUGGUGGAGGUCUGCACCCUCGUAAUGUAAAGCUGUUCCUUUUUCAACUGCUACGAGGUCUAUCCUAUUGUCACCGUAGACGAAUUCUUCACAGGGACAUUAAACCACAAAAUCUUCUAUCAGAAAUUGGUGAACUUAAAAUAGCAGAUUUUGGCCUUGCACGAGCCAAAUCUGUACCAUCCCACACAUACUCACAUGAAGUGGUAACGUUAUGGUAUCGACCGCCGGAUGUUCUUUUGGGUUCUACCGACUAUUCUACUUCACUGGACAUGUGGGGCGUUGGCUGCAUUUACACAGAAAUGAUCACCGGAGUACCUGCCUUUCCAGGGGUUAGAGAUAUACAGGAACUUGAUAAAAUUUUUAAGGUUGUUGGAACACCUUCCGAAGAGACGUGGCCAGGAGUCACACAGUUGCCGAACUACAAGCCACACCGUCUUGUUCUUCAUCGCCAACGCAGACUCGCCUCUCUAUUUCCCAGACUCAAUGACAUUCCCCAUGCUGAGUCUUUAGCUACACAGUUCCUACAGAUUCAGCCUAACAAGAGGAUCUCAUCAGAGGCAGCACUAAGACAUACUUAUUUUGCCGAAUUACCUCCACAGAUAUACGAACUAGCUGCAGAUCAAUCUAUAUUCUCCGUUGGAGGGGUGCGGUUAGCACAAGAACUCCGUAAUUACCCUACUUCAGUUAUCCAAGCGGCUCGAGAGAUCAGGAAAUUGGUCUAGUCACCAAUCAAGCUCCCUUUGCCAAAAUAGAUAUACAAGAUAGCAUCAUACAUAUCCUUUCACCCUUUAAAACACACACACACACACACACACACUGGAUACUGAUAUGAACCAGUGAGGCUCAAUCUAAGGCAAAAUAAAAUCAAAGAAGAUACUGUACUGGCUUUCAUAUGUUUUUCUACAAGAUUGCUAGAUAAGGCCAUAUGUACAAGGUAUGCCUUUUAGAAAUCCAUUAUAACUUUACAUAUAUUCAAAAUUAUAAACAGUUUGUUCAUUUUAACCCUUAAAUGGUCCAAACGUAUAUAUACGUUUUUUCAACAUCUGAAAGUAUGUAAAAAUAUUAAGAUCUUUUUUUUUGUUUUACACUUGAAAACGUGUAAAAAAAACUUUUAUCUACAUUUUUUUUGUUAUAUUUGAAAAUAUGUAAAAAAAAGUAGAUCUACUUUUGUAGCACUACGAAUUUGAACGUCGAUCUGUUUGGACCAUUUAAGGGUUAAUGUGGGAAUUGGAAUUAAUAUAAAGUCUGAUUUAUACAUUACAUAAUUGUACUUUACCUGAAUUACAACCAGGAUUUGCAGCAGAAGUGUUUGUAAGCACUGUAUUGUAAAGUGCAUCAUCACACAAAUCUAUUGCAUUAUGUAACCACAGUGAAAAGUAGCACAGCAGUAUGCCAAGUCCUUUUGUGGUUUCAUCAAAGAACAGAGAAACUGUAAAAGCAUUGGAAUACCUCUACUAUUCACAGUUAUCAUGUUGCAUAUUAAGAUAUCACCAGUCUUAUGAUCUUAUUGCACAUAAAUUUAAUACACUGAACAGUGGCCAAUAGUGUGUCUUCGUCAUAAUUAUUUUUAUUAAAAGGAUACCAAGCAGUGCGUGUAUAAUUAAAAAUACUAUAUGUAUAUUUACUUGUAUUUUUUAAAUACUGUAUAUAUUUUUCAGUAUACAUAUUAUCUAUAUACUACUUUAUUACUUUUUUUUUAUUUAUCCAUGCAAAGAACAGUGUUGAAAAAUAACUUGUAUGUACGUUCAAAUUAAACUAAAAUACUGUA